GACCGCUUGGUGAUGUCAAAGUACCGCGAGAGCGAUUAGAAAGCAGACUUCUACGUGUGAUUUCUCGAAUCGCUCUCGCGGUACUUUGAUGUCAUUCGUCUGUCGGUUGUUGCACCACAUGAAUACACCAGUCUGCUUUCCAGUCACUUUUGCGCCGCGAAUCCGCGAUAAUUUGAUUUCAUAUGAUGAUCGGAUCGCGCAGUGCCGCAUGAAGCCAAAUACCAAAUAGCCGACUGUAUAUGAGGUUCAACCCGCCAAAGUAGCAAGUGGAACAUGCGAAUGAUAAAAUCAAAGAUCUUCUCAAGCCUGGUAUGCUAACAGGAAUGACCCGAUUGGCUUUGGUUAAUGCCAUCUACUUUAAAGGGAACUGGUUGCACAAAUUUGAUCCUCAAAAGACUAAAGAAAUGCCAUUUAAAAUAAAUAAGAAUCUGUGCAAGCCUGUAGAAAUGAUGUACCAGGAGAAAAAGUUUCCCUUUAGAGACAUACCUGAAGAAAAACUGCAUGUUCUGGAGCUACCAUAUGUGCAAAGUGAACUCAGUAUGUUGGUCCUUCUUCCUGAGGAAAGUCAGGAUGGCUCAGACCCUCUUCUGAAGCUGGAGAGCGAGUUGACCAUUGACAAGCUGCUUGAUUGGACAAAAAGUGACAACAUGAUAAAAUGGUUGAAUAUCACUGUCGGUUUUCCAAAGUUCAAGCUGGAGAUUGAGAGCUCCCUGGAAGAAAUACUGGCAGGGAUGGGUAUGAGUUCUGUGUUUCAGGGGGCGAAGGCUGAUCUAACAGGCAUGAGCAGUCAGGAUGGCCUGUUUCUUUCAUCUGUGACCCACAAGGCCUUUGUUGAAGUCAAUGAGGAAGGCACUGAAGCAGCAGCAGCAACUGUAGGACUAAUGCUUCAAGGUUCUACGCGUGAACCAAAACGUUUUAUAGCAGAUCACCCUUUCCUGUUCUUCAUCAGACAUAACCCCACUAACAGCAUUCUCUUCCUUGGCAGAUUCAGAGGCCCAUCUUAGAUAUAAGAUUUGUUUAUGAUAUUAUAGACAUAUUAUGGAUAACUCACUUAUGUUGCUUAUGCAAGCUUUUUCAAAGUAUGCCUUACCAAAGUCCUAUCUGCCUAACUAAGUAUGAGCAAGGAAUCACACUAAUGCCUUUAACCACAUACUUGCAUCAUUCAUACUUAUUUUGAUGGUAAAUGUUAUUUUCCAUUAGGGCUGUCAAAAUUGCUCAAAAAUGACGUUCGAAUAUUCUCCCUAAAAACCCCACGAAUAUUCGAACUAUUCGAAUAUCUGGUUGCCCAUUUUUUCAAUGACGUUAACGACGUUUAAUGACGCAUUACGUCAAUAACAGGACAAAUUAAUAUAAAGAAACAUAAUUACUUCUAUAGGCAGUCUAUUUAAGUUUAAACAUAUUUGACAACGUAUAUUACAUACACAAAACAAGUAAAUCAAGAGACAAAGUGAUAUGGUACCUCGGUUACAUUGCUUGACAAAACUCCCUGAAGCCUGCUCCAUCCACGACACUGAUCGGUCUCAUGUCCUUACAAAUGAACGAAAUGAAUUUCUCCGUUAUGACCUCUUGUCGUGUUGCAGACAAAUAGCUUGUGGCGGGCGAUGCAAAGUAAGUGUUAAGACGUGACUGUUUAGCUGGAGUUCCACACAUUGUGAUCUCGUAUACUGCAAACUUUCAGGAGUGACAACCGCAUUUAAAUGUGAAAACGUGAUGAUUGACACGGAGAUAACCAUAGCAACGGUCUGCCGUCUCACGUGCUUAUCACUCACAGCUUUGAUGAAAAUAAUUUAACAGCAUUAUGUUUAGCAAUAAACCUCCGUCGUGUCGUUGUG